ACAAUCACCGAAAAGCCCUCACAUGGAGAUGUUUAACCACGGUUAACAUUUAACCGAACCAGAGUUGGCUUGACCUUCUUCCCCUAUCCUUCUCUCUUCUCUCUUCUCUCUGCUCCUUCUUCCUCACAAUCUAGUAAUCUCCGUUAAUGGCGCCUCAGAUCUGCCCCUCCGAUAUUUAAACUCCUUCUUCAAACUCUUCCAAUUUCCUCAGAUCUCUCGAGUUUUUCUUUUCUUAUCAACGCAAAUGUAUAAGCGAGUGGCCUUAUCGUUCCCCGAGGAAGUCCUCGAGCACGUGUUCUCCUUCAUCCACGUGGACAAGGACAGGAACUCGGUAUCCCUGGUGUGCAAGUCGUGGUACGAGAUCGAGCGGUGGUGCAGGAGGAGAGUCUUCAUCGGGAACUGCUACGCCGUGAGCCCCGCGGCGGUGAUUCGGAGGUUCCCUAAGGCGAGAUCCGUGGAGCUGAAGGGGAAGCCGCACUUCGCGGACUUCAAUCUGGUGCCCGAGGGGUGGGGAGGGUACGUGUACCCGUGGAUAGAGGCGAUGUCGGCGUCGUACACGUGGCUGGAGGAGAUAAGGCUGAAGAGGAUGGUGGUGAGCGACGAGUGCUUGGAGCUUAUAGCCAAGUCGUUUAAGAAUUUUAAAGUGCUCGUGCUUUCCUCGUGCGAUGGAUUCUCCACGGAUGGGCUCGCUGCUAUCGCUUCGAGCUGCAGGAAUCUGAAAGAGCUUGAUUUGCGUGAGAGUGAUGUUGACGACGUUAGCGGACACUGGCUUAGCCAUUUCCCUGAUACAUACACUUCUUUGGUUUCGCUCAAUAUCUCAUGCUUAGUCUCCGAGGUCAGUUUCUCUGCUCUGGAGCGGCUGGUGUGUAGGUCUCCCAACCUCAAAUCACUGAAGCUUAACCGAGCUGUUCCUCUUGAGAAGUUGGCUGCUUUACUUCAAAGAGCUCCUCAGCUGGAGGAAUUUGGCACUGGUGUGUACAGUGCUGAAGUGCGUCCGGAUGUGCUCUCUGGUUUGUCUGUAGCUAUCUCUGGGUGCAAGAAAUUGAAGUGGUUAUCUGGGUUUUGGGAUGCUCUUCCUGCGUAUCUUCCUGCAGUUUAUUCGGUUUGCAGUGGACUUACAACUUUGAACUUGAGUUAUGCAACAGUCCAGAGCUAUGAUCUUGUCAAGCUUCUUAGUCAAUGUCCUAAAUUGCAGCGCCUCUGGGUGUUGGACUACAUCGAGGAUGAUGGUCUUGAAAUGCUUGCUUUGACCUGCAAGGACCUUCGAGAGCUGAGGGUGUUUCCGUCUGAGCCUUUUGUGAUGGAGCCGAACGUUGCGUUGACAGAACAAGGGCUUGUCUCCGUCUCCGCAGGCUGUCCAAAACUCGAGUCGGUUCUCUACUUCUGCCGUCAAAUGACCAAUGCUGCGCUGGUAACCAUUGCUAGGAACCGUCCCAACAUGACCCGCUUCCGUUUGUGCAUCAUUGAGCCGAAAGCCCCUGACCAUCUGACUCUAGAGCCACUGGAUGUGGGAUUUGGAGCCAUAGUGGAGCACUGUAAAGAUCUCCGGCGGCUCUCCCUAUCAGGGCUGUUGACCGACAAGGUUUUCGAAUACAUUGGGACGUAUGCAAAGAAGAUGGAAAUGCUGUCAGUGGCGUUUGCAGGAGACAGUGACUUGGGGAUGCAUCAUGUUCUGUCAGGGUGCGAGAGCUUGAGGAAACUAGAGAUAAGGGACUGCCCCUUUGGAGACAAGGCGCUUUUGGCAAAUGCUUCGAAGCUGGAGACAAUGCGAUCUCUUUGGAUGUCUUCGUGUUCCGUGAGUUUUGGAGCCUGCAAGUUGUUAGGACAGAAGAUGCCAAAGCUCAAUGUGGAAGUGAUCGAUGAAAGGGGUCCGCCUGACUCUAGACCCGAGAGCUGCCCUGUUGAAAGAGUGUUCAUAUACCGAACAGUGGCUGGUCCUCGGUUUGACAUGCCUGGUUUUGUCUGGAACAUGGACCAACAACACUCAGCAACGAGGUUUUCCAGGCAAAUCAUCACUACUAACGGGUUAUAGAUAUAAACGAGGUACAUUUUUUCAUUAAUCCAAGUUCAUCAUCUCCUAUAUAAAUUGUUCCUGUUUAGGAAUACGAGAGAGAGAGAGAUAGCUCGGUCUCCAUUAAUUUAAUUAUGGGCUGCUGCCUCAUAUAACCAACCAAGCUUAUGAUCACUGGAUAAGUGAGGAGAGAGAGAGAGAGAGAGAAAGAGAUCUGAGAGACCUUUGUAUUUUUAUAUUGUUGUCUGUAUGUUUGUCUACUUAGUGAGAGAUCCUGGUGAGGUAUUAUUUUCUUCAAGAGGAUGAUAAGAUAUUUUUUAAAAGACAAUUGCCAAAAAUGUAACUGUUCUACUUGUUUGAAUCUUUGUAUCAAUCAUUUCAAAUGUC